AUGGCGGAAGUCAACACUCGCCUGAGAGCAACGGGCUUCGGCCUCUGGGCCUUUGUUUUUGCCUUCCUCUUCGCCAGCUUUUCUGACCGAACUUGGACGCAGAAUCUAUUGGUUACGAUCCCACACUACACCCUGUCAUUCAGCAUGGAGCUUUUUCUCCUCUUCAAAUUGGCCCAUUACCUGCCGAAAACCACCUCUCGCACAACCGAAUGGCACGACUUCUUCUACGAGUCGAAGGAGGGAUCCUGGGUGUUGGUGGCGCUAUGCACAGUUUGGCUCUUCAACCUUUCAGGCGUCGUCUUGCUUUGCGUCGGCGAUAUGUUGUUUGCGGGACGUAUCGGCGGGAUCGUGGGCGCAUUUGCCAAAAGCAGCAUCAUUGCGUCCAUCUUCACUGGUUUGAUUGUGUGGUUCGGCCCCUUCUAUCUGCUGUUCUUGAUGGCUUGGCUGUUCUGGACGGGAGCCAAGGCAUUCUGGAGGGUUGCAGGAGGACCAAGUAUUAGACUAGACCUAGAUGAAGAGGAGCCCAGCUUGGGCUUCAUGGGACGCAACUGA